AGAAGCAAUUCUGUCGAAAAACAGAGGCUAACUAAAAUUGCUGCCUUGGGUACAAAAAUGAUCCAUGAACUAACUGGAAAUCUCUUGAGAAAGGUGGAUAAUAAUAUUGCAUUCACUUAAAAACCCGAGAAAAUUUCUCCCCAACGUUAGCAUUUCACCUUCUGGUAAUUUGAGGCUUGGCUUGAACAACGUCCAAUAUUAGCAACAUUAACCCCGUAAACUUAUUUCUUAACAAAGCAUCUGCUUAUCAAGUAUUUAAACAGUUACAUUGUACUAAAAAACAGAAUGAAACAGAACCUGAGAUCUAUGUCAAGAGCACCCAUAAAUGAGCAUAAGCGACAUCAUAAAUGGAUUGGGUCUAUUAACUUGUUUGAGGGUAGAAUUAAUCUCGUUUUGCUUGGAUUGGUUGGCACACAUUGCGAAGGAUAUUGAAACAAAUGAGGUCUUCAGGAAAUGCUCAGGUAGAUGUUUGUUGAGAAUGAACUGACGGGCUUAAGUAAAAAUCCCGAUACUCAAAUCAAAACCGGUCUGCAAUACAGGUUUAAGGCAUCUCAAUCCAUAAUUCUAGACCUUGUCCAAUCUUUAAUUGACAUGAUAAAUUAAAUUACUGCUGCGUUUGCCUAUUUUGUUUAAUUUGACACUUUUAGUUCCCAAAGUCCGUUCAUUAGAGUAGUGUAGCCGCUUUUUCAAUACAUAGCGGACUGAACUUGAACUUUCUCGUCGUUCCAGGUAUUUAACUGCAGAACUGUCGACCAUGAUAUUGGACUUGGCUAUCUUUGCUCCAUUCCAAAGCAGACAGCUUUUCAAUACUUAGUGACUGGAACGAAUUUUCUUGGUCAAAGCUGUUCAAAAAUCCUGGUAAGAAUGCUAAGGGAAGAGUGAGUUGGACGUGCAAAAACACAGUUCGUAGAUACGUAGACAGAACGUAGAUAGUCUGGGAGAAAUGUGUAGCCUAGCCCACCCUUCUUACUUUGUGCCAUAUAUCGUAAUGGAAUUUCAUUAACACCACAACCAGCCAUUCUACUAUAUCCAAAGCAUAUUAUAUGCGACUGCGAUGCCUUGGUGACCUUUAAAUCAGCUGGUUAAUUUUUGAAAGUUUUUAAUUGCAGUAAAUGGGGAGUAUUCCAUAGCCCUAAAGGAACAACAAUGUACCACUCAAUUGUUAAUACGAUUAACGAGAACAUCAAAAUUAUUAAAAAAUUCUUAUAGAAAAUUCAUUGCACUAUAUUCAAAACAUAUUACGUCUGACUGCAAUAGAGUACUAAAGUGUGACGUCAUAAAAGUAAAAUUUCUGAAAUUAUGGGAUUUGUCAGGAUAUUCUGAAAGAACAAUGUCCAAGAGGCCUACUUGCCAAAAAUGAGCAUUUGGGGGCAAAUUGUCGCUGAGAUCGUAGCCCAGUUAUGCUUAGAAAACUCCAUACAAACCCUUCUAAAUUUUUUUUGGGUCGACCCAAAAAAAUUUUAGAUUUUUUUUAAAUGCUCAUUUUUGGCAAGUAGACCUCUUGGACAUUGUUCUUUCAGAAUAUCCUGACAAAUCCCAUAAUUUCAGAAAUUUCAUUUUUAUGACGUCAUCACUUUAGUACUCUAUGCCCUGGUAACAUUUAAAUCACCUGUUUAGUGUUGGAUGGUUUUUCAUCGCAAUAGAGACCAUUCCGUAGCCCUAAAGGAACAACAACUACCAAACAAUUAAUAUAUUGUCCUGUAUCAUUACUUACUAUUCAAGGCUUUUGCCAAUGUUGGCGUUGACUACGCCCAGUUAUGUAAUGAGCCAGCAGUACUCGAAAAGUGUCAAGACAUAGCCACGAACGCAUCCUGGGGAGUCAAACUCGGAAGGCUGAAGGUAAGGAAAGUUGAAGAUGGUGCCUCCUCUUUUGGCUGUAGGGGCUUAGUGGGUCUUCUAAAUGUUUGUUUUUUCGUUCGCUAGAUGUCACUUAAGGAUGUAUACAAGAGUGAUCGAGAGGAAAAGCUGGCAAUUUUACCAGACCUCAUGCAGAAUUCACAGAUAGACCUUGAUAUGAUCUUAGAGUUUUGCAGGUAGAUGCUUGUGAUACGUUGCGUGUGUAUAUAUGCGUUAAACUCAUACGUGGAAGUUAUCUGUGGAUAAAAACUUUUAAAUCUAAAAGAAAACAUGUUGGGUAUUUUUUUCUUAGGUCAAACAAAAAUGCAGUCGAACAGGUCUCUUUUAUUGACAUCUCCUUGAUUACAGUUUCAUACCACUCACAUACUUUCCAUACCUCUAUGACAUGGCUUCUUCCAUGGGCCACUCAGAUCCGCUCAAAGGGAGUUUGACUGUAAGAAGGUUAUCAAUAGAACGCACGUAAAAGGAACUUUCUGUGGGUCACCCGCGUAGACUGUUUUUAUUUUGGUGAGGGAAAGGGGGUGAAAGCAGGCGUAUUAUCGACUGUUUCUUAGCUCUGACGUCUUAAAAUACAACAUGUCUUUUUGAGUAACCAGUACCCUGUGGGCCUAGACUUCGUUUGAGCAAACUCGUUUGAGCUCAAUUUUUACAGGUGUCCCCCCCUGAGUGUCAUACUGGAUUAUACUCAGCCCUCUUUGCACGAUGAUUGCAUGAGACUCUCCUAAAGGACCAAGACCAAUAUCUUGAACCGCUCACCAUUCUACAAAGACUGACUUUCUUUCAGUAUCUCACUUUGCUUGUAAAGCAUGCAUACUUAAUUUUACCAUUUUUCGGGUAAUUAAUUGAACUCUUUUGUCUGACCUAAUUAAUCUUCCUUUUUCUUAUAAUACUUUUCUUCUUUACAUUUUAUUUUACGAAUCUACCUAAUCAUUUAUUUAUAUUUAUUUUUACACAACCCGCCUCGAAUAGCCUUUGCUACUUGCGGGUUGUGUUUUACUUUAUUUUUGUACCCAAGUUUUUGAAAUAAAAUAAAGUUGUUGUUUUUGUUAUUUGUAUUUAGCAUGUGUUGUUUUCCUAAAGGUUGAAGAAUCUUCAAAGUAAUGCUGGCAUGUUUUUCGACAGGGCGUUUAAAUUGGAUGAAGACAAUGCUCUGCUGACGUACGUUAAACAGCAGUUGCUUCCACCGAUGGGCCUUCCUUCUACGGGAAGGUCCCCAGUUACACAAGACAGCAGCAUGGAGGAGUUAACUUACCAGCAGAAUGUCAGCAAAGUGGUCCAUAAGAUUUCUUGCACAACAUCACUUCUUAAACUACUGGUGGAAGUAGGCUCCAAGGUAAUACAGUCAAACUUUGUAUAUACAAUGGCGGACUUUGAGCUUCAAAUAACAUGGGACGCCCGCUCUUCAGGACCCUAAGAUUAGAGGUGGGGCAGGGCUCGAAAAAGGACUUGAAUUGUAGCUUCUCCUUUGGGCAAGCAGCUCUCCCAUUUUGCUAAUUAAUAGGAUGACUUUCCUGUUCCCUUGCACAUCGGGCAAGAAAGCCUUAAAGGUUACUUGCCUCGCAAGAAAAUUUACUUGUCCCGGGCUACCGGACGUCACUUCUUUCGAGCUUUCGGAGUGGGGGUGGGGGAGAACUCCGCCUCGAAAAUAAUUUUUCUCGGCCCUGCGGGCUUUAGUUUGGCCUUAAAAUAAGUUGGGUUGAUACUUUGCAAAAUCCAUCAAACAACAUCAAACAGGAGCUGCGUUUAUAAAGUUGCCGCUCCCCCCCCCCCCCCCCCCCNACUUUGUUUCAAUGUGUUGGUAGGUUGAUCCUUAUGACUAUGAUACAAUUGUGUUUAUCCUGAAGUUGAUCAAGGAUUUAUCACCUGAACAAAGUGCAACUGUUGAUAAGGUAUAUUUAGAUAAUUAAAGCAGACUUUACUUAAGUAAAUGUUAGAAAGCCAUUUUAGCGGAGCCCCAUAGCUAAGAAAAUUUGGUUACCUAUCCAUCUAAGAAAUUAAGUCACCUGACGGUACGUCCGCCCGCACCACAGGGAAACCCAUGUGAAAUGUCACACUUUCUAGCUAGUGUGCGAGCCUGAUGUUGCACAUUGACAGCUGUCAAUAUAGGGUAUCUGCUGACCAGUAUCACAUGACCUUAUCGCGGGCUCAGGUGUCUACCCAUCGCAUUAGCGCUGACUACUUUCUGGUUUUCAAAAGAAUCGCAAGCUCCACUCUGAUUGGAUUUCUUUAUCGCAAUAUUUUUUCAUUAACGGGAGAUUAGCUAGCCUUUAGCCUAGAUGUCUGAAGUACAUUUUGAUCAGUGAAGCGUAUUACCCAUCAAAUCGUGUAUCGUUAAAAGCAUGUCUCGGUCGGAGCAGGUUAAGUGACCCAUAGUGUAUGAUCGUCUUUACGGGAAUUCAAUGAAGUGUGCCUUCAUUUGUUUUCGGGAAGUCACAAAUCCUUUAAGAAAAGCCUCUACCUGUGUAAAGAGGUCGUCAAACUGUCUGAAUUUCAAGAAGUCCUGAUCGAUCUCAUAUUAGUAGGUAGUUAUUUGUAUUCGCUAGGCUUAGGGUUUGUGUAUAGCUGACUGUGUUGUUUUAUUUCCAGGGAAUUCAAUUGUUAGAUUACUUAUAUCAGUAUGACCGCACUGCAGCACCAACCAGUUAUGAGAGAUCUUUUCACUACUCAUCCAAAAAUACGGACAACGAAAAGGUAAGAAACCUGAUAUUCCCCACUCCAGAACCUUAAAGGGGACUGGGUACAAGCUUUCGGCGCAACGAUUCCCGGGAUCGUUUGGGUGGACUAUCGUUACUUAUAAUUGGUUAAUAGUUGGCUUGAAUACCAUCGACCAAUCAUAACUAACGCUUGUCCACCCAAAUGAUCCCAGAAAUCACUGCACCGAAAGCUCUUAGCCAUUCUCCCUAGAAGUACAUUUACAAGCUUACCUUUUACUGCUUUAGCGAGAUGUCAGUGUAUUAUAUUUAUUCAAAUAAAUAGGUAGAAGAAUCUUCACGUAGUCGGUACUAUUAUUUGUGCAUAAACUUGUUCUAACUUUGUGUUUUUGUAAGACUGUCCAUCGUGUGACCAUUCAUUUCAAACCUCCUCAGCUGAACAUUUGUCCAGUAUUAUUUGCUUUGCGAAGUGAAAUCUCUUCUAUUUUUUCGCAGACAAUACUUGAAAAAGAGAGACCACUGUCUCCGCUGUCAAAAUCCAGGCUCCCAUAUCAUCCUCUGCUGUACGGGGAUCCAUGGAAAGUUAUUGGUAAGCGAUUGUCGUUGAUUGGGUAGGCGUUAUGUUGCUAACAUACGCCUCUGUUUUGUAUGGGUCACGGAAAAGUCUAAUGGCCCUUCAACAGAGAAGUCUUAAGGAUUAAUGGUCGUUUGAAACAAACUUGAUUGUAUGUUUUUAGCUCCUUGUUUUUAUGCUAUUUGGUUUCUAAAAAACGUCUGCUGUAGUUCUAUCUUUCUAUCAUGAAUUUCAGGUCCAGAGCUGUCAGAGGAAACAGUUCCAAAGCUUCUGGGCAUUGCGAACUUACUGAAGGUUAGUUUGUGCAACUUUUGAUGGCACUUGUUUCUUUCUGUAAAUUCAAUAAGCAAUUUUUUACGUUGAUUAUGAUAAGCUGAUACGUGUUCCAAACGUUGUUAAACAAGACCUUUGUCGCAAAACCUUUACUUGCUUAAACAGCUUAAAUGUUGGAUAAACGUUCAAUGUGAAGACUGUGACAAUUGUCGUACCUAGUCCCUAGGCCUCAUUAUUGCACGCGGCCUAUGCGUUUCGGGUCACGUGGUCCGUUCGUCUCGGAAACGUCACCAAAAUUCGUUAACUGAGAAGGCCUGGGACUAGGCAUACAAUUGUCCUUAGAUGAACAAAAUAGGGAGCUUUAUCAACGCCAAAGGCGAAGGCAACGAGAACGUCAAAACAACAACUUUGCUCGUGCAGAACACUUUUUUUGUACGACUUCAACAUGAAAUUCUCUCGUGCGAUGUUUUAUGGCGGACGUUAAUUCACCACGACGAAUUCUUUCUUCUCUUUCUAAACUUGGGUUCGGUCUCCAAGAAUUCAAUUCCAGGAAAAUUCUCCUAUAUUUGGCAUUUCAAGCGAGUCGGAAUAAUCGUGACAAAAUUUGAAGAAAAGCGACGUCUUGUUAAUAGUGACGUUUUCGCUGCCGUCGUCGAUGUGCCCCCUAAUAUGGGCGUGUUCAGGGCGUGGAGACUAUUCUUGAGUAAUCGGAACCAUAAUGAGAAGUUGUUGUUAUUUUUUUCUAGCUCUCCAGCGAUCAGCUUUAUUUAACAGCCAUCCGUAACCUUGCUCGACCUUCAGCCUCACCAUCUGGCUCUAGUGAUGCUAACUUGACUGGAAUCACCGCUGGAGAAAAAAGCCAAUUGGCCAAAUCCUACAAUAGUGAAAAGGCUAAGAGUAUGCUCUACUCUAUCAAAAACAAAGAAAUGGCUAUCGCUGCUGCCAAGUGGAUCGCUCAGCAGCUUCCACUGGGUCUGUAUACUGUUUUCCUUGAAUGUUUUCCCAAGUAUAUGCCGGGUAAAUGAGCCAAUAACACCAAUAAUUUGCCUGUCGUUUCUUUCCUAGGUGAAGAAAAAAUAGAUAUACUUAAGACUUGUGUGGAUCUUGCAAUGGCGUGGAAAUCGUCGUGUUCUCAGAAGGUGAUCUUUUUUUAAAAUAGAUUUUAAGUAUCCCGCUUGCCCUCAUUUUAUCAUAGAUUUGGGAAAAUACGUCUUCAAGCAACUUUUAGUUAAUCUGACGAAGAGCUGGGUGUUCUUUUUCACAAAUGGCUAACGGUUUUGAAUUGUCAACUGAUUUUUUUCCGUUACGGUCAACGGUGGCACAUGUACUUCUCAAACUCAUUAAUAAUUCAUAAAGAAAAUACAAAGGAAAUUAAUGUUUAAUGAGUGUUUGGAUAUCAGAUGAAAAACUGCUCAUUUUUGCAUCCUUAAUUUCUCCUUCAAAAAUCAUUUUGUUUGAGAAGAAAUAUCAAACAUUCGACACAGUGUUUCAUCAUCAGAUGAAACACCUCGAAGUUCGUCAAAAAUACUCCGCUGCGCGUCGUAUUUUCAACUCUCUUCUCGGUGUUUCAUCUGGUGAUGAAACACUGCAUCUCAUGUUUGAUAUAUUACUUGUCACUUUGUUUGAUCAUGCAGUGCAUCACUUUAGUGAAAAGCUGACCAGCUUAUUUUACCCACCAAAUCCACCUGUUGCAUCCACUUUACCCUUACUAACACCCUUAUUGUGUUACUUUCUGUAGGAUGAAGAGAAAGCAAAGCUUACUCACAGCCGGCUGUUGGAGCUGUGUCGGGGCGUGGCCACAGAACAUGUGCUCCACAAGUACAACAUCACAGACCCUUCCAUUGCUUCAUUAACAAGUAAACCAGCUAAGCUUAUUUGCCAACUGUAUGAGACGUUUGGUGCAAGGGAACCAGGCACUGCUCAUCAUCCGCCAGGUACUGGUACUAGUCCAACUGUGGGAAUUCGAGCUUCCUUCCGUAUUCCAAUUUUUUCACUCGAAUAAAUAUUCUCUCUCCCACACAAUAGUCGUCACGCUUAAUAACCAAAAGAUUCAAUCAACAUAUUUCAGAGUGGAACUUACUCACUGAUUUCUGCUGGAACCAUUUUUGUGUACCGUAUUUUUUUCUUUUGGUAUAUUUGUCCAUAUUGCUUCUGCUUGAUAUUGGGGUGGUUUAGACUUGCCGUUCUGCAUAGUUCUUGCUCGUCCAACAUGGGAUCACACAGUCCAAGACGGACAUUACCAUACCCACGGGGCGUCGAUAUUACCUAUCCAACAUCAAUUUUAACAGCCUCGCAUUGAGCCUGAAAUUCCCAUUUUUUUGGAUUUCAUCUUAGGUCAAUGACUUCAAGCCUAUGCAACCUGGUGACGGUUUUGCAAAGUUUUCUUUUAGAAUUUAUUUUUGUCAUGACUUUUUUCUCUUGUAGAUAUCCACAAAGCGUCAGAAGAAAUCGCCAAUGUCAACAACACUAAAAUAGAGAAGAUCAGACUGCAUUUGAUAGAGGUUUGAUUAUGUAGUCACUAUUUGUUUGAAUGUUUAAAAGAGAUGGUCGGUUCAAAAGGACGAAUACUCGUAUAGAUUAAAUUAUUAUUCCAUUAGCGCUUGUGAUCGUCUUAUCAACUUUUACUUCGUAUACGAAAUCAUGAAACUUUCUGCUUGACCAUGAUUUUAACCCUGAGCUUUGGGAUGUUUAGACGAAACACUCCAUUCAAUUGAAGUAAUCAAGCUAUUGAAUUCAAGAGCAGCCGAGUUGUUAAUAUACGCGAGGAUGGCGAGUAAUUGAUAUGUAUAAGAUCCUGCUCUCUAGGCUUAAGAGAGUUACUCUCUCCCCCUUAGUAAGCCCCAGAAGUGUUUCAACCUUAAAGUGUAAAAUUACAACCGCUUUUACUAUCUUUGCAACCACCCUUUAAGGCUUGGUAUAUCCUACUAAGGUUUUGCCACAGAUUGCCUGUGUUUCUGGUUCAGAAUGCUUAUGAUAUGUUGGUCCUCUACUUCAUAGAAAUGGUUACCUUCUUCAAGUCAAUCUUCAGGAGGAGACUCAGAGGUAUUUUAAAACUAAACUGGAAUAAUUGCAAUCUGGGGCAGAGAUUGCCUUUGAUGUUGCACAUUUAUGCUGUCACAAAACCCCUUAUUGUUACUCUUUAUUGGGGAUCGAACCGUAAAUCACAUUUUCCUCCCUGCACAAUAGUUUAUCUACUUUGGCACUUGAUAUUAAUGCAAAAAGUACUUUCAACGUUAAUUCUUUGAUACCUUUAGUAAGCUCCUGUUUCUUCAAAUUAAGUUCUUUGGUGGCAAUAAAAUAUUUUUCUCUCUGAAUUCUCACCAAAGUCAUGAUCAUUCCAAAAAAUCAGCAAUGUGCAUUCAAUGUUUCAACGAUAGUUUUGUUUCUGCCUGUAAAUCAGUGACACCAUUUAUUUACACAACCUUAAACUAUUCUUUAUCCUUAGUUUGGCACCCCUGGCGGCGACGAGAGUGAUGAGAAUGAAGAAGAUGAACACAACUUAAGAAGGUAUAGUGUCAUUAAAAGCAAAUUAUGUUAGUUUUUUUUUUCGCGUUCUGACAAAGGGUACGUUAAAGGAGGAACUCACUCCCGAAGGCAUGCCAGUGUGUCCGGCACCAAAGUGCAUGGUCUCCGCCCUUUAUCUUUGAAAAUAGGUCUCAGACAUUUGCCUGUCUGUUUCAGCGUCUGGUCUAUGCAGCACGCUAUUAUUUCUCACUGUGAAGUCAUUGCCCCCUCCCCACCCCUUUGCAAGAAACGCUGGUUAAGGGAUGUCUGUAUUCUUUUUCUUUUUGGUUUUGUCCAGGGUGAUAUAUAUCAUGCAAAGCACUGACCAACAAACUGCUGUCCGAUUUCUGCUCAAUCUUGCUAACAAGGUGAGAUAAUUGAACUUAAACAAUGUUUCGUUUAAUAUUCGAGUGUAUUUUCACAGUAACAUAAUUAACUGGUGACAUAUAUGUAGAUGGCGUACAUAACGGUCAAGUCGUAGCAGAUAACAUGUAUGUCAUACCUGAGAACUAAAAUAGCGUGACUGAUUGUUUCCGAGGCUCCAACAAUGCGACAGACUGAAUACCUUACUAACACUAACUACAACCACACUGCAUUACCAUUCUGAAACUACACUAUGGUCAAACACCAUCACUGGCAACAGAUGGUCAACGAGUGACACUAGAGUCAUAAUUCGACGUUUUAACCUCCAAAGUGUGCUUAUUCUAACCCCGAGUUAUCCUUUUGACUUGGGGUUAUUACCCUUCAAAACGCGAAACGUUGAACUGCAGGAAUAAGACCAUGGUGUAGUUGCAUAAUUUCUGUCCUUUCUUUUCAUAUACUUUUCUUGUUUUGCUAUUUUAGACGGGUUCGUCAAGUACCUGUCGUGUCCGUGCUCUUCGUGCUCUAUUCUCCAUUGCUCCUGGAGAGUUUAUUGAAAAGCUUUGUAACACAUCAAUUUCUGUAAUCAGGUGAGAAAAAGAGAGACUGUUAAAUAGUUAUCAAGAGGCUACUAUUGAUUUAUACCUCGAAAUUAUAUUAAGUGUCACCUUCCACAGAGAAAGGACAAAUGUCAAGGUGAAUUCUUGAAGAAUUGCAUGUUGUUGUGAUUUGCAAAAAUGUUACCAACAAUACUUUCCUCUUUGGAGGCUCUUACAUUUGUAUAAACGUUGCUUCUAGAUUGGUUUGGCCAUUAAACUUUAUUUUGAGUAAAACAUCUUGACAUACGGUAGCCUUGGCAUUUAACCGUGUCUCAAAGCUCUUGUUGGUGGGUACCUUGUGUAUCGAGACACGAAUUUUUCUGAUAUGUAUCGCACAAUAUCUGACGUCAGUACAGAAAGUAUCCUCAUGAUCUAUCCUCAUACACCACGUACCUAACGCUCGUAUCUUGCCGCCGCUGACAGGCAACAGAUGCAGGCUUUGGUUUGCCUGGCGGAACUUGAAGGACUGCAUAUCCAGCAGUCAGCCAGCGCCUUUGACAAGUGUAACAAAGAAGGACUGGUACGAGGGUUGUGGCGAAAUCAUAAACACGAGAGAAAGGUGUGUUAUGACAACAACAACAACAACAACAACAACAACAACGACAAACUUUAUUAAUAAACAGAUAAUGUUACAGAAGCAUUGCGCACAGCUAGCAAGGCUGUUUGAGGCAGGACAAUGCGUGCAAAAUAUGAAAUUAAGACUACGGCUAACUAAGGAAAGUUUACACUUGGUUUUUUUUUUUUAGUUUCUUUGUUCCGGUCACAGUUGAAAAAUAGUUAAAAGAUUUAACAGAAAUUUAGUAAGAAGCCGGGAUUGAUCGAGAACUCGGCCGACCAGUACGCACGCGGUACCAGUCUCCAGUAGAGAGACUCCACUUUGUCAGUAGAGUCUUGAAAUAUCCUCGAAUUCUAUUCUCCCAUGAAAACAUUACUUCAUUUUUUUCCAUUGGAAAGAGGAUUUUGCAAGGAUUUGGAUGUCUAUAUUUCACGUCCUUGAAUACCAUUGAUUCCCAAACAGUAUUCUUCCAAUAUAUUUUACACGUUAUCGUUAGGCUCAAAUAGUGGCUUCUACACUGGAAAGCAAUCAACAAUUCAUUUGUCUAAAGUGUUACUGCUUCUGGGGUUAAAUACCUGUUAAUUAGCAAGUAUAAUUAUUGUUUUAAUGUUAUGUAUCAGCCUCAGUUCUUCUCUUUAAUUAACCUCCCAAUGAAUUAUUUGGUUACCUGUACUGAAAAGUCUUAAUACCAAAAAUUAAUCGUAACAUCUUAACUUGAAGAAAACAUCUAAAAGGGGGAUCGUUAGUAAGAACAAGACGCGCCGAUAAAAGAACCAAGAAAACGUCUUUAUGUUACGCUACCCUUUUCAGGCUGUUCGUCUUGUAGCAGAUUUGUGUCUGGAUAACAGUAUACACGACCCACAGCUAUGGAACAGUGUUCUUCAACAACUGUUGGCUUUUGGAAUGGUAAGUGAGCAUACCCCACCUGAUCAGCUGAUAAACUGUGAGGUCGAUAUGGACUGACUCACUCGCUAGCAGGCUAACUAACAAACCACUGUAGGAGGAUAGAAAAGCUGACCUUUGGCGCUAUAGCUCGUAACCAGAGCGAAUCGCUACGGUGGUCAAUCUACCUUACCAACUCCGGUGAUAAAAUCAAAUCUUUUAUCUUUAUAUUUCACCCCCUCCCUGCACCGACUCAGCACCACAGUUUUCUUACAAACUAAGCCCUUCAUUUAACUGACAGAGCAGCUGAUCAGUUUUUGGACAUAAUGCGUGACUGGUUGACUGACUGGGUGGAUGCUAAGACAUGAUCCAUAGGCUAGAGUUAACAGAGCCCAUCCUCGGAGACGAAGGGGCGGUCAGCGGUCAGUAGGAUGAACAGAACCGUCGUUAUGAAGAAAGGUCAAGAACGUGGCACACUUGUAUGAAACUGAAAAAAAAAACGAAGUGUCGUUUAAAAUCUUAGUUUGAUCGUGUCGGUUUUCUUCUCUCUCUUUUAGAUAAAGUAUCUUAGGCGUGUUCUAGUAAACUUGGCAGGGAUCUCGGAGCUCUGGCAGGUGAGUGUUAUGGGAUAAACACUGCCCUAUGAAUAGUCCAGUGCUAAAUUUGGCAAACUGUAUUUGUUAUUGUCGCUUGAGUAAAAUUUUGGGAGUCACGAGGUUCUCAGUAACCUCUGUUUUCAUUGCCUGUAAAAAAAAAACACCUGUUUUUUGGGCUAGCAGCAUUGUGUCAGCCAUUCAUCCAAUGUUUUUCGUUUUUUUUUUUAACCAAUAGGACAACUCUUUCACCAUUUUCACGUUUUUUACCCCGGCUUUCUCUUGGGACGACUGUAAUACCCAGGGAGAUUUGAGACAAUGGUUAUUUGGAUGGUAACUAAGGUGUAUUAUGAGCAAAUGUGAAAAUGGUCAAUUUCCGAUGUGAUGUCUGCUUUGAAAUCGUGAAAUAAAGGGAGAACUUCGACUUCAGUGUGAGUUAUUAUAACACAACUGGCGUUUUACUUUGAGAUUGGAAUUACGCGUUUUUCUCUAGCUCUUAUACAGUCAAACCUCCACUAACGGUACUAACGGCCACCUUUUCUCGACGACCACUAUUUUUGUCUCGGCCAAUAGAUUUACUCACCUACCCCUCCCCUAACCAAAUGUUAACACUGCUUUCUCACAAAGGACAAAAUUUUGAAUUAGGGGAAGGGUAGGUGGACAGUUUCCUAGAAUAUUCUAUUUAUCCAUCGAAUGUGUAACUGCCUACUCCGUUUAGGUUCGUUGUUUGCCUCAGGUGUGGAGAAGUGUUUUGACGGCACCUUUCAAGUCAGGUAAGCCAUGGCAUACCGGAUUGUAUGGAGAUUUUCUGCGGUAAAAAUGUGAUCGGAUGUUAUUGUCCUGCAAUAAAAAGAAAAAAAAGAACGUGCGCUUGAAACGUAAGAAAAGGAAACGAACAAAACAAAAAAAAAGUAAUAAAUAAAGACGCAUCGUUUAUGCAAGCCAAAGCUUACAUGUUCUUGCGACGGAAACUGGCUGAUCAUUUCAUAGUGGUCUGACUGAGUCCCAAAUCAAUUUUCACUUUUGUUUUUUCACCCCAUUCGUUUUUGACUGGGACAAAUGAACUUGCUCAGACAUCUGCUGACAACUCGCUUUGUUACCUAGCUGGCAGAAUAUUGCACCUUUACAGUGAAGGUUAUAGGUUUGUUACAUUGAAAAAUGUCUUAAUUGUAAUUUUACUUUAUUUCAGUUUCCUCUCCGUUAUCCGACGAAGAGGUGAUUGCCUGCGAAGAAUCUGCAUCGUUACUUCAAAGGUGUGCGAUGUUUUAUUGUCAAGUGUAACAUCCUCAUCAAAAUUCCCAUUAUAUUUUUUUAGUUUGUUUUCAUAGGCAACAACCAUUUCCAGAUAUUUUACACUUUACGGACAGUUUGUACCCAACUAAAAUAAGUCCGCCGUUGAAAACUGUCCGACCAAAUUUCUGAGGGUACAAUGUACAUAUAUGGAGGACACCUUUUGUCCCUGUAGAAAGGGAACAAACGUUUUCUGAGUAGCCACCCAAGGAAAACUGCAAUAGAGUGCAUCACGAGGUGUCUGUGAUUGACAUGCAAUUUCCUCUGGCGCACAUCUAAUUGACCUAAUAAGUAGCCCGUGCUACCUUUGCUUGAACACACACUUAACCUCCACGCUUAUUGGCGUUUAAUGAGUAAAUGAAUAUUUCAAUGAUUUCUUUUUUCUUUCAGGUGUCCUCUGCUGCUUGAUCUGGAUGUGUAUUCCAUAGCUGUUCAGUUUCAUAAAGUUGGUCUCCAGGCCCACGCACUCGCCUGUCUCAUGCUCAUCCCAUCAAGCAUUGCGCGCCAAAAACAUGUUCAGGUUUAACCCGUCUUCUGGUUUACCUUUUCAUUUGGUCAAAUUUUGCUCCUGUCAUUUUGUUGUAUUCGCAUAUGAAUUUAAAGUGAGAAGGCAGCAAGUCCGAUUCCAAUUGGUUCCACAAUCAUAAACCAUUUGUUCUUGUUAAACUUACUUAUUUGGGCAGUUUCAGUUCUGCAUACACGGUUCAGGUAAAGAAGAAGAGUUCUUUAACAGGCAAGGUGUGUUACAGCUAUUUUCACUAUUUUCCCUUUGUUGUUUUGAAGCUUUUACCCUUUGUUUUGUUUGUAGACCUUACUGGAGACAAACUGCGUUACUCGUGUACUUACUCAGUUGGAUGAACUACGGCAGAGAGGACGCACCAUCACCCAGGCUGAUAUUGUAAGCCGGAGACUACUUUGCUGUUUGAGCACUUCAGUUUUUUUAACACACGUGGAUAAGUGGAUUCGCUACUUAGAAACGGGCAGGAAACUGGAGCCGAAAUGUGUCAGCCCGCAAUUGUUUCUGGGAUCAUUACUGGUAACGUGGCAGUCAGCUAUUGGCCAAUUUCAGUAACAGUCCCAGAAGUACUUGCGAACUGUAACUUUGGCAAGUUUCCUUCUCAGUAAGUGUGGUGGUGUUUAUGUUUCUGUACGAAGUCCGUGGAUGAAAUCCUCGUGUGUGACUAGUCAGAUGUAGUCAAGUCAUUUUAAGUCAAUUUUUAUUUUAACUCACUCAGAGCUGAGAUUUUUACUUGAUUGUUUAUAUGUCUUCAGGUUGAACAAGAAGUGUUCAAACAUGUUGAAGAAAAGCAAGGGUAUCAGGUCAGAACUGAAAUUUACUGCCACGUAACCUAAAUGAAUAAAAAGUAACUAAUGAUUGAGAAGUAGCACACCCUUUGAAAUUUGAAAAUGUUGGUUAUGAGGAGAAUAGAAAACCAGAGUAGUAGGAGGGAAACUUCUUGUAGCAGAAAAGAGAACCGACAACAAAUUAAACCCACGUUUGGCGUCGCUUCCUGGAUUCGAACCCAGGCCACAUUGUUAGCAGGCGAGUCAGUGCUGUAAGCUCCGCGCCUAGUUCAGACUGCACCUGUAAUUAGUUAAUAAGAUAUAUGCGGAUGGAUUUUCUUCUAAGUCGUCUUGGUCUUUUUCAGAUCCUGCUUGGCACAUCGUACUUUGACAAGUUCCUAAGCUUCCUAAUUGUUAAUAAAACCAUAACUGGUAUACUGCUAAAGACGAUACAAGCCAAUAGGUAUUUAAUUCUCAUUUUAUAAAAUGUCUUACCGUUUGUCUCACGAUGCAGUCGCCUGAGAUGUAAAGCGCGACUUUUGGCUGCUUUCUGCCAGUCUUUAUCACGCGGCUAAGUCGACUGAUCCUUUUUCACCGUGUGUAUCACUUUGGUCAGCUGGGCUUGAUGUUUUCUUCAAUGACAUGCCUCCUACAGGCUGCAGUAUUAGUCCAAAAAGUGUCGUAUUUGUCCAAUAACAUUCGGCCAAGCUCCUGUAUUCCCCCUAAAAGAAAUUGAGAAUCCCUUUCAGCGCUUGUUUUCGUUUACCGCGCGACUUGACUAUACAGUAAGCUCGCCCCGUCUUCCUUGAGAAGCUUGAGAGUUAAGACCCAACAUAGAACUUACUUAAACAAUUGAGGUCAGGAUCUAAUGUUGUGGAAAAUGAUCUUUGACACACCACUUACUGGGUAGAUUAUUAAAGCCACAUUGAAAACAAAGUGUAAGAAUACCUGUAUAGAACAGAAUCAAUACUUUGAGCUUUCUUGUUAUUUUAGGCUGGAGAACGCAAUGCAGCUUGUUCGUUUGUUUCACCAAAUGCACCCCGAUGAACCUUCCGCUGAAUAUAUCGCUUCUAACCAGCUGAGCGGGUUUGAAGAACUUUGGGUAAGUCUAGGGUGAUGUGGUCAUGGAAAUAAUCAGACACCAAUCGUUGCGUGUUAUUAGAGUAUUUUAUCGUUUACAUUCAGGAGACUUGCAGCAUUUUUCUCUAAGAGUGGAUUUCUACUUUCGCGUAAAAUUUACGCGCCUAAAUAAAAUAUAGGGGAUAUAUGAAAUUCGCCCAUAAACGUAAGAGUUGAGCGACGUUGAAAUUUUACGUUGACGUGCGACCUUCCACAAAUUGCCUCUAUUUUAUUUACGCGGGUAAAAUAUUACGUGACAGUGGAAAUCCUCUUUCCGUCAGUCAGUAAUAAUAGAAUAGAGGAAAUUAUUCUGAAAAGGAAAUCAUUCAUGUUUCUAGUGACCGUUAAAUUUUAUGAAGUUCUUUUAAUUUCUCGGUUUGAAGAUAAACACUCCUUCUCGUGUUUGAUAUCACAUAAAAUGCUUACAUCUUAACUACCAACGUCACUUGAGCGCAGUAAUUAAGGUAUAGUCCUUGAAACUAAGAGAUACGUUUGGGAGCAAGUUAUCUUUGUAAGUUACCUUUUAAUUUUUCUCCCCAGUACAAUGUACAUUCUAAUUGCUCCGACCUUACAUAGCCAGAAUAUCUCCACAUCAUAGGCUAAAGAUUAUUCACUUUAUCCCCGAGAGCGCCAAGAAAGAAAAUAAGAUGUAAUGCUGUAAAAGAGUUUGCACCGAUGGGGAAUAGUUCUUAAGAGGAUUUAUUUGGACAACCAAACCAAAGCAAAAGAAUUUGAAUCACAACCUGAAAAUUUGGAACCUAUGUUACAUGUUCCCUUGGCUAGUCCCAGACCCUCUUGGUCAGUGCAUUUCGGUGACGGACCACGCGACUCGAAACGCAUUUCCCGCGCGGAAUAAUGAGGCCUUGGGACUAGGCAACAUGUUGCCGUGAUCAAUUCUGAGCGCGCCCUCGAAAAAUUGGCCGAAUUAGUGUCCGGUCUCGGCUCUUCUAACAAUAAACUAUUAUUUUAAAUAAUAAAGAAGUCUUGUUUUCUCACAGAAUUUCCUGGAGAUGCACGGCAUGCUAGAGGCAUGUCUACCGUUUCUUCCUAAGAUGGAAUAUGAGCAAGAAGAGGAGUAUACAGAACAGCAGUCCCAGUCCCUUCUGGUUGAGAAAACCGAGGUAACUAUGGAAGAGACUGGUAUCGAAGGACAACACGAAACCUUUAGUAUUAUGUUGACAGGCGACUGCAGUGUGGAGUUUCCGCUGUAA